UCAGCUGUGUCCAAUCACAGCUGAUCACAUCUGUCACACUGACAGCUGAUUAUCAGAGCACUGAUGAUCAGUGUGCCCUGAUGAUCUGUGUAGCCCCAGCAGCGCCACCUGCCAGUGCCCAUCAGUGCCACAUUUCAGUGCCCAUCAGUGCCACAUAUCAGUGCCCAUCUGAGCUGCCUUUCAGUGUCACCCAUCAGUGCCACCUAUCAAUGCAAGUCAUUGCUGCCAAUCAGUGCCAGUCAGUGCUGCCUAUCAGUGUACAUGAGUGCCGCCUAUCAGUGCCCGUCAGUGCUGCCUAUCAG